UUCUGUUGUUCUAAAGUAAAGAACAUUAACUACCUACCUAGAACUAGAACUGAACUUCUAGUUAGUUAAUGUUCAUGUUGUUGUUGUUAUCGUUAUGGUGUUCGUGUUGUGGUUGUGGCUAUGGAAGAGUUAAUAGGCUUAAUCUGUAGUUGGUUCUAUGUCUGUAGUCUAGACAGUUGACCUAAAGAAAACUGAUAUGCCCUUUGUGCAAUAGACUGGAACUUAAGAAGCACAACGAGACGGAAAUAUAGUAUAAUAUAAACUUAUGGAGGACAAAUUUAGGUCAGGAGAUUUAAAAAACAAAAGUAAUUUGAACCGUAUUUGCAGGCCAUCCUUGGAAGACAUAGGUGAAGAAUGGAACCAAGUCCCAACGUUUGGCUUAAAGGAAAAUGGAAAGGAAACGAAGCCAGUAAAAACUAUGUUAAUUACUGUGGAUGAAGCUUUCUGUUAUUUACGAUCUUCAGAACUUCCUAUUCCCGAACAUCAUUUCAUUGGGCCUGAUAGACUCAAAUGGAGUGACAUGUUUCAUUGGUUGAGAGCACCGCCAAAGUUAGAUUCUGGAUUGAAACCCGAGUAUGAUUUAGUAUUUGCAAUUGCUCAAUGUAGUUUUGACUGGUCAGAUUCAGUUCACUGGCGCAUGGUGCAGACAAUAUACAAACAGCUGACCGGAGCCAAACUCGAUUGCCCUCAGUUUGGCAGUCACUGGCAGGAGAUUGGCUUCCAGGGCUCAGACCCCAGUACAGACUUACGUGGCGUAGGCAUGUUGGGACUGAUGCAGUUUCUCUACCUGGCCACCAACACACCCACUAGACCACUGUCUCUCAAGCUCCACACAGUCGCCAACUCAGAGACACAACCCUUCCCCUUAGCCGUACUCAGUCUCAAUGUCACCAACAUAGCUCUCAACGCUUUACGAGCUGGACGACUUAACAAGGAGUGCAAUGCCAGACAUUCUGUGUUUGAUGUUCUCAAUCUCUUCUACACAGUUGUUAUCAACUAUAUAUACGUCAGGUGGACUGGGGAGCAUAAAUCCCUCAAGGACUCUGGUGUGCUCUUAAAAGAUGCAGAGAGAUAUUGUAACAAGCAUGUCCGGAGAUUGGUUCGUGAGUUACCAACAGCUUUAAGCAAACAUUAAAGAAUAUAGUUGGAUUUCUAAUAAAGUGCCUUCCUUUUUUAUAAGUACAUUCAGUAUGACUUAUCCCAGAACUUAGAAGGCGUUGACGAACAAAAAUACAAACCUAAGGGAAUCUCAAAGCUACAAGUUGCUGACAUUUAACAAAGCAGUUUUGUUGCCAAGCCUUCAUCUACUAGUGUGAUUAUUUAUGGUUUUUAUGGUUGUGAUUUGUGAAAUUAAGUUUAUUUUGAAUAGUAAUAAACCUGUGAUAUGGCUAUUUUAUUGUUAUAACAAUUUGCUUUAACAAUUUUGAUUGUUUUAUAUCACAUUUAUGCAAGUGAUGCUUGGAAUAUGGCCCCAGUACUGCUUUACAUUCACUGUGUAGUAUGCUCAGUUCAUAAGCAAUUUUUAACUUAAAGAGAUGUAUAAUGGAGUAAGAUGCCUUGUGUAGCUUAGCCACUCACUGCCUACAACCAGCUGAUUCUAACUGGUUCUCUGACGACCGAGCCAAUAACGCUAGGCAUUUUUUACAGUCGCAAAAUUGUUUUUUUUUCAUUUAAAAAGGUAUAAAAAAUGUAUUAUUUUGUUUUAAGGCGGGCUUACACACUACAAUGAAGCAUAACGACUUUUGUCAGCAAAGACAAAUCGUUGCAAGCAAAUCGGAACAUGUAAACCACAAGACACAAUUCCUCCAUGUCUGUUCCGAUUUGUCUUGUCAGAAUUAGAGUCGGAUUGAAAGGUUGGUGCAAAACUCCAUCAAUUUCUUGAGGACGUACCGACAGGUUGGUGCGUAUAAACGGCUACUCAAACGAAUCGUUGACCAGACGCUCAUCUCAAAGAUGGAAGCGGAGCGUUUGUAAAAGACAAAACGUCUAAACAGCACGGCCCAACAUCCGACAAAACACAGUGAUUUGUCGUUGCAGAAAAGUUAUAUGUUUUAUCGUAAUGUGUAAACACGCCUUAAAACAAAAUAAUACAUUUUUUGUAUCUUUUUAAAUGAAAAGAAACAAUUUUGCAAGCUUCUUUCCAUAAAUCGGAAAUCAUCAGUUCUAUGUUUGAUUCAAUUUUACAACUCAAAAGAAACAAUUUUGCUUGAUUCUAUUGAUCAAUCAGAAAUGUCUACUUCAAUUAGUUUGUACCAUAAAUUUUUGUCAGAGUACACUGUCAUCAAUUAAUUAGUGUAUUAUAAGGUACAUACCUUUACAUUUAGUUCAACAAAGUAGCGUUCAAAAUCACAACAUGUUAGAGUCUGCCUCCGUACCGCGACGGGUUAAUAGUAGGCCCACUUUGAAAUGAUUUUUGUUAUGUCGUAUGUGUGUAUUUAUUUAAAUUUAAUUGACAAGUCUGAUAUUUUAGUGAAACAUUUCUUGAAAAGGAGAUCACUUGUGUCUGAAUAGGUGAAAAAUGUUGUGAGUUUGACUACUACUUUGUUGAACUGUUGACAUGAAGGUAUGAACAUAGGCCUACUUUAAUAAUCUAAUUAAACAGUUAAUUAAGUUAGUUAUUUUAAUUUUUGAUGGAUGCCACAAUAUUACUAUUAUUAGCAAUAAUUUAGCAAGAAAGAUGCAGGGGAGUUACCUUUCUCUAUGACGUCAGAAGAUUAAUUUGCAUAGGAAUUGGUAUAACAUUUGAAUUGUUUUCUGAAUGAGUUAUAACAGUUAGGUAUAAAAACCUAAAUUUAUCUAGUCACAAAUAAAAUCUGUUAUUUAUUUACAAUAAGCUUAAUUAAUUGUAUCUGUGUCCGUUUUUGUAUUGAUUGUGAUGUGAUGUAAUGUUUUGAAAUAAACACUUUGCUAUA